ACGGGCGUGCUCGGGGGCGGAGCGUAGGGUGGGGAGCCUGUGGGGGGCCGUGUUAUUGCUUUGCUUUCUGGCUCCAGCCGCUUCCUUUCUUCGUCCCGGGGCUUGGAUCCUCAGCGCCGACAGGUGAGCGAGGCCGCGGCCGGUGGCGAUUAGCAGAUGGCGGCACAAUGUGUAACAAAGGUGGAGCUGACCAUCUCCUGCAACAAUCUCCUGGAUAAAGAUGUUGGUUCAAAGUCAGACCCUCUGUGUGUACUUCUCCAUAAUACAAGUGGGCAGCAAUGGUAUGAGGUUGAUCGCACAGAAAGGGUUAAGAAUUCCUUGAACCCAAAGUUCGCCAAGAGGUUCCUAAUUGAUUACUACUUUGAACUGGUUCAGAAGUUUAAAUUUGGGAUUUAUGACAUUGACAACAAAACCAUUGAUCUAAGUGAUGAUGACUUCCUGGGAGAAUUUGAAUGCACUCUGGGACAAAUCGUCUCCAGCAAGACGCUGACAAGACCAUUAAUGUUUAAAAAUGGUAAACCUGCAGGGAAAGGAAGCAUUACGAUUACAGCAGAAGAAGUAAAGGAUAACAGGGUGGUCUUAUUCGAAAUAGAAGCAAGGAAACUAGAGAAUAAGGAUUUUUUUGGAAAGUCAGACCCUUUCUUGGAGUUCCACAAGCAGACCUCGGAAGGGAACUGGGUGAUGGUUCACAGAACUGAGGUUAUAAAAAACAACUUGAAUCCUGUCUGGAAGCCCUUUAAAAUACCCCUCAAUUCUCUGUGUUACAGUGAUAUGGAUAAAACAAUCAAGGUAGAGUGCUAUGAUUAUGACAAUGAUGGAUCUCAUGAUCUCAUCGGGAGUUUUCUAACCACAAUGUCAAAACUGAAGGAAGCUUCUCGAUCCUCACCGGCUGAAUUUGAAUGUGUCAAUGAGAAGAAGAGACAAAAGAAAAAAAGCUACAAAAAUUCUGGUGUCGUGAGUGUGAAACACUGUGAGAUUAUAGUGGAAUGCACAUUCCUUGAUUACAUCAUGGGAGGAUGUCAGCUGAAUUUCACUGUGGGGAUAGAUUUUACUGGCUCCAAUGGGGACCCUCGCUCACCAGACUCUCUACAUUUCAUCAGCCCUAAUGGGGUUAACGAAUACCUGACAGCCAUUUGGUCUGUAGGAAUGGUCAUUCAGGACUAUGAUGCAGAUAAAAUGUUUCCAGCCUUUGGAUUUGGUGCACAGAUUCCACCUUCCUUUCAGGUAUCUCAUGAGUUUCCAUUAAACUUUAACCCAUCAAACCCAUUCUGCACUGGAAUCCAAGGCAUUAUUGAUGCAUACCGGGCCUGCCUUCCUCAAAUAAAAUUAUAUGGGCCAACUAAUUUUUCUCCAAUAAUAAACCAUGUGGCUAAAUUUGCUGGUGCAGCUGCACAGCAACAGACAGCAUCACAAUAUUUUGUGCUCCUUAUCAUCACGGAUGGUGUGAUAACAGACCUUGAUGCAACCAGAUCCGCCAUAGUUAAUGCCGCAAAACUUCCCAUGUCCAUUAUCAUUGUUGGUGUUGGAGGAGCUGAUUUCAGUGCCAUGGAGUUUCUUGAUGGUGACAAUGGAAGUCUCAGGUCCCCAACUGGAGAGCCAGCCAUCAGAGACAUUGUCCAGUUUGUGCCAUUUAGGCAGUUCCAAAGUGCUCCCAAAGAAGCUCUGUCUCAGUGUGUCCUGGCAGAAGUGCCUCAGCAAGUGGUAAACUACUUCAGCACGUACAAACUGCAGCCUCCCAAGAAUCCUGCCGCAAAGUGAGAGAGCACUGAGUGGGAGAGGCGAGUGAGGCUAACCCAGUUGGGAUUCCUGCAACUUCCGCAUGUCAAUGGACUUGGAUCUUGACUUUUUUUUUUUUAUUUGUAUAUUGAUUCAUACAUGUUAAUGUCUGUUUUGCUUUUGCAUGGAAACAGGCACUUUGCCAGUGUUUUUUUGUUGUUUUUUUUUUAUACACUUGAGACAAAGAUGUGUCCCUGUUUAUUGAUAAAGGCCUCAGCUGGGAAAAUUUGGUAGAAAAUAACAUUUCAAGAAGUAAGCUGAAUAUAAAAAAUUAUGAACAGA